AUGGAGAGAAGGAGGGGGGACGGGAACGGGGUGUCCGACGAAGAGGAAGAAGAGGGAAAAGGCGUUCUGGGCAGGCCUAGCGAGAAGUCGUGGAGCGACGGACUGUCGGCGGACCCGCUGGGGGUGCGGAGGGGGGGCGAUUUCUUCCCGGGAGACAGCCCCGCGGUUUCCCCCGCUGCCGCCCACGACGGCGGAGUCAUCGUCGUCGUCGGGGGCAAAGAGACCGCGGCGGCGGCGAAGCGCCGGCAUGGUGCCGAUCGCGUAGGCUUGAAGGCACCAGACGCUUCGCCGGACUUGGAGGGGGAGACGGGGAAGUCUGAAGGAGAAGGCGAUGACGCCCGCAGCGGCAGCGGCAGCGGCAGCGGCAGCGUCAGGUGGUGGUCUCUGAGGCAGCCGUCGGAAGAAGGAGCGGGGGGGGAGGGCGAAGGCCGCUGGUGGUCGCCGUUGCCCCAGCAGCCGGAUGACGAGGACACCCCCGCAUGGUGGUCGGGGCGGGGCAAGAGCAGCGCCAGCACCGGCGGGGGCGGUGCCGGCGGGGGCGGUGCCGGCGGUGAGGACGGCCGGCGGUGGAGCAGCCCGAGUAGCCUCUUCGCCCAGGCCGUCUCCGCCUUCUCCGCGAUAGGCCCGCCCCCCCCACCCGCCCCGCCCCCGGCGGUGCCCUCCAGGUCUGGUGUGAGCACCGUUGCUGCGCAAGAGGGCGGCGGCGGCGGCGGUCUGGCAGCCGCCGUUGGUGGAGGAGCCGGCGGGGCAUCGGCGGGGGGCGGUGUUUCAGGGGACGUCGGGGUCAGUGCCGAGCCCGGCACCGCCGCUGACAAGGGGGGGGGGGGCGUCCGGGCGUUGGCGGAGAGGCCGCGUGUGCUGUUGGAGUUGCCGUUUUUCUGCAAGGAGAACGGCACGGAGGAAAUGAGAGCUGUGCUGGAGAACGCCGACCUGCGCGCCGGGUUCAAGCAGUUCUUGGCGAAGAGAUUGUGUGCGGAGAACUUGGUUUUUGUGGAGGAUGUGAUGAGGUAUCAGGAGAUGGUGGUCGGAGUGGAUGCGGAGAGUGCGUCUGCGCCUGUUGCGGCUCUGCAGUUGGGCGGGGAGAUCGAAGAGAAGUACUUGUCGGAGUCCAGCCGACUAGAGGUCAACAUCGGGGACGACAUGCGGAAGGAUUGUGUAGCCAGGCGAGCCAGAGACGUGGAGCUAGCGAGGGCAUCUUUGGACACCUUCACCCCGGUGGUCUUGGAGCUUUUGUCUCUAAUGGUUCACUCUUCCCUCCCGGAGUUCCGGGGCUCCGCACACUACGCCACCAUCAAAGCCUGCUUGUACAUGGGCCCCCGCGGGACCCGGAAUAGCGGCGCCACCAGCAGCCUCACCCACGAGGACGAGUGGGGGACGGAGGACGACGAGGAUGACUCCUUCGAGCAGGAAGACUUUUGA